AUGACGUCUAGCAAAGACAACCAUUCGCACCAUCGCACCGAGUACCCAGACAGUUACGUGCCAGUUCGCCGUCGUCGCAGCACGUGGGGAACACGCUCCCGCUUCGCCACACAUGCCCCGGCCAUGCCGCCGGCUCAUGGAGGAGGCACUCGACGCCGACGAGAAGCCAUCGCCAACCAUGGUGGGCAGCCCCCCAGUCUCAGCAACCCUCCAGCCGCUGCCCACAGUUUGGAGCAAGGCGCGAAAGACGUCCCAAGCAACCUCAUCGACCUCACCAACCUCGAUGACCGCGAGAUCACGGGACACCUCACACCCUCCGUACGAGCAAACCCCCUAAAACGAAAAUCUUUCCGAAGCCAGCAGCAUAGGUGUCUCUGGGGGCUAAAGGAAUUCGAUGAAGAACCGUCGGAUAAGAAGGAGGAAAGGAAGGGCGGGGAGAAGGCUCCACUGGCAUCUCAAGCCCAGACAGGGGACAAGGAAACGGACGUCGAUGUCCAUGCCGAAGACAUCAACAUCGACACUCUCCAUUGCUGUCUGUGCAAAUCCUCGCGUCACAACGUGCUAGGCUGCCUGUCCACCGACGAGGACGGCUACACUCGCGCUUGUCCCUGGUGCAUGGACACCACCCACGCGGCAGACGGAUGCGCUGGGUUCUUGGCCGCCACUAUCGAGGAGAGGGUCGAUCGACUGGUAUCCGAGCGUGGCAACAUGCCUCCAUUCUUCACCUUUCAGCCUUGGUUCAGCCUGAUCCAGCAGUGCCAGGCCGUUAAACCCGACGCAGCGCUGCCUAGCUUUUACCCCUGGAGUAGGCCGUUUGUGAUGAGCUGUGCACCCGUCAUGAGCAGAAUACAAGACGAGUUGGAUGCGGCCCAUGACUUCCACACGCUGCCUGUUGACCCGUCGACCCAGGACUGGGCUGCUGUUUGCGCGACCUACGGACUGUGA